AAUAGUGGGGGAAGUUAACUUAUUUUGUUAGAAGCUGUGGAAAGGAGAUUUAAUAUAAACAGAAAUGUGAUCCAGUGAUUGUAUUACAGUUACAUAAAAGAUUACUUUUAAUUGGGCCUAUUUUAUAUGGAAAUCCAGUUGAUGGAUUAUACAUGAUUUAGGAUUAAUUGUUUUAAGGGAUUUAAAAUGUAAAUUCUUUUGUUCUAAAUUAGUAGAAUAAUUGGAAAGAAAAUAUUUUUUUGCCAGAGGACUGCCUGGAGUGGCUAAGUAACUUCAAAGAAGCCACGAAACGCUACUCCCAACAGAACACCUGAACCUUAAGGGAUGAGGGGAGACUCCUACUUCUUUGGAAUGCGAGGCCUGGGUCACUAUGGCUGCAUCCCGGAGGAUGGAGGACAGUUCUUACUCUACUCAAUAAAUGGAGACAACAGCUUGAAGAGAUGUUUUGCAGAGGAAGAUUUUCAUGAAAUAAUUGAUUUCAAUGAUCUCCCAAAUUCUCUCUUCGCCUGCAACGUUCACCAGUCCGUGUUUGAAGACGAGGACAGUAAGGAGAAAUUCGAAGGCUUGUUCCGUGCCUAUGAUGACUGUGUGACAUUCCAGCUGUUCAAAAGCUUCAGGCGUGUGCGGAUAAAUUUUAGCAGUCCCAAAUCAGCUGCUCGUGCCAGAAUAGAGCUGCAUGAAACACAGUUCAGAGGGAAGAAGUUAAAGUUGUAUUUUGCACAGAUUCAGACCUCUGAGACAGAUGGAGACAAGCUUCAUUUGGCACCACCACAGCCUGCAAAACAGUUUCUCAUCUCGCCUCCAGCCUCCCCACCUGUAGGGUGGCAACCAAUAGAUGAUGCAACACCUGUCAUCAACUACGACCUCCUUUAUGCAGUUUCCAAGCUUGGACCAGGAGAGAAAUACGAGCUGCACGCGGGAACAGAGUCCACUCCCAGUGUGGUAGUGCACGUCUGCGACAGUGACAUGGAAGAAGACGAGGACCCAAAGAAUUCUCCAAAGCCAAAAAUCAUUCAAACUCGACGCCCUGGUCUGCCGCCGCCUGUAUCUAACUGAGCCUCUCCGGCAGAAGCAGCACUUCUCUCCUCCAGCACAGCUCUUGGUUUUUGUUUGCUUUGUUCUGUUCAAAGGCAGCCAUUGCCUUCUGAGUACCGGGACAUUAAGGUCAUUGAAACCCCUUCACAGUAAUCAAGCCUAUGUAACAAAAGGGCUAGGAAAAAGAUCUUUGUACAUGUAACCAUAUCACACCAACUAAUAGAUCUAACUGGAAAGGGCAAAACGAGGCUGAAGAAACAAGGGAGGGUUUCGGUCUGAGGAUCUUUUCACAGCUUAAUUUGCAUGGUGAAACACCACUACCAGAGAGAUCGUUCAGGAUGGAAAUUAGGCUGAUAUCAGGCUUGAUAUUCAAACUCCCAGGAUACUUGCUCCUGCCCUUCAUCAAGCAGCCUGCUCCUCUGCCCUCCUCACUCCCCAGCAGAGAGUUUUUUUCCCUUUUUCUUUUAUUUUUUUAAAAUGGGGGUAUGUGUGUUUUUAAUCUACUAGCAGCUUGGUGGCCUUUUCAUCCCCUGGAAUUUUCUGUAAGGAACAUUAUCUUUGCAAUAUUUUUAGAAACAGCAGAAAGCCAUCCUCUUCCACCAGCAGCUGUAGAGAACACUGGUCUGUCAUUGUGGCAGGGAUGUGAGACAGAGCUCUCUGGGCUCAGGGGAGAGGCAGCAGCUUGCUGGAGGGUCUGGUGUCUGUCAGUCCUUCUCUCUGAGGAGGAGGGAGCCAGAAUAUCAACAGGGAUUGUCGGUUUAUCUUCCAUCAGGGUAUGAGUGGUACUUCUCUCUGAGUCUGAGGAAGAGAAGCUGACUGACUGCUCAUUUAAGAUGGGAUUCCUUGCUCUCUGUCAUAGCUGUAAGUUCCAGUAAUGAUACAGGCUGAAUGCUUUCCUAGUGGUGUGGUGAAUAGCUGUCAGUAAUUACGUGUACAUCUCUAAUAUUCAGCCCUUUUCCCUUCCCACUUCCUGUGCUUCAAAGCCCUUUUUUGAGCUGUACGCAGUUUGGGUUUGUGGAGGUGAGGAGAGGUUAGUUGGAGUUCUUUUGUUGGUUUUUUUUUCUUCUCUUUUUUUAGGCCAAAGAAAACAGGACCAUAAUUACACACUUGAAAUUAGACUGCAUGCAACUGAAUCCCCUUUUUUCACUCUGUCCUGCAUGUUUCUUUCACUUGCAAUAUAUACUGGGUUACAAAAACUGUUCUGUGUUUGCAUCAUGGCUGACAGCAGACAGAUCCUGGAUUCCCUGUCUGGCAGAUCUUCCAUGAUGAUUUAUUUUUUUAAUGCGUACUUGUCAUUUUGAGAACAUAUUUUCUAGACAUUUGAGCUCAGAUUUUGCAUAUAUUUAAGCAUGCGCUUAAUUUAUGCACAUGAGUAGUUCCACUGAAAUUAAUACUGCAGAUGUGUAAGGUACAGUGGGAUUUUUAAGCUAAUUAGCUGCAGCUGUACUCCCCAAAGUGACUCUGAAAUGGCACAGCGAGAUUUCACAGUUUAAAAUCCUUUGCAGGUUAAAAUAAGUAAAUAUAUCUUGGGAGUUCAUUCUAGGAUCUGAAAAGUCAGCUUAGGUUCUGUAAUCAAGAUUUUUUUGUCAUAAAACCUAAUGAUCUGGUUUCUGAGGGAGGGUUCCAUCGCGCCCUUAAUUAGCAGCAAGGCUACAAAGCUUCAGCAGGGUCAAGUUCCCUUUGCUGUGGUCUUGGCUCGGUGGCACUUCCAGGACAACAAGAGUGUUGCUCUGUCAGUGAGGACAGGAGAUGGCAUUCCCAAUGGGCAUGGUGAGGAUGUUCUGAGAAUGAAAACUUGUCAUUCUCAUAUAGUUCACUCUCUGACCACCACAGCCCCCUGAUAUCCCCGAUGAGAUGCAGUGCUUUACUUAGCAUAUAUCUAUAAUGUGAUACUUGUUACUGCAUUAUGGACAUCGUGGUGUGUGUGUUACAUUCACAGAAGCACAUUAACUACAGCAGAGACUGAACAGAAAAUGGGGCUUUAAUAUCCUCAUGAUAACUGUGUAAAGUUUUCUUAAAGUAACUCCUUAGAGGUUUCACUUCAAUUAUUUUUUCAGUGAUGUAUUUAGAAUUGGUUCAAGUAAACAAAUUGUCACUCACAGCCCUGACACUGUACCCUGAUGUUCUUGUUGAAAACACCAUCAUAGGCCGCACAAGGUAUUUCAGGAGUAACACCACUGGCUUUUUUGAGAACAUACAGAACGCUGAGGUACUUGGGGUUUAGGCCAGUAUAAACAUGGACAGUAAGAUUUAAACACGUAAGUGAUCAGAGAUCAUCACCAAUCAAAGUGAUACUCUGGGUUUUUUUAUAGGCAAGACUGUCGGAGGCUGAAUCUUGUCCUUGUAUCCAUGCUCUCAAACUUUGAAGAGACCUGGUUCUGAACACAGGGACUUUGGCCUCAAAUGAUGUAAAACUAUACUGCAAAUUAAAUCACUGGACCUUAAAUGUUCUUUCCUCAAAGUGCAUUUUCAGACAGAUUUAAAAUGAGGCCCUGUUUGCUGACUACUCUGGGCUGUGUAAGGCUGUGUAGUGCUACCCAGGAGGCAGUGGGACACGGCUCAUUGCUUAAAGCACAGAAACAGAAACACAACUGCAAACCUGAAAAUUCAAAGCAGCCUGUUGUAACUAUGGUCAAAGGUUAUAUAUCACCUGUAUAUGAUAAAAUAAUGGUCAUCAGAAGGAAAAUGUUUCAGAUGUUAUGAAAUAAUGUCCUUAUCAUCAAAAUCACAGCAUUUGGGACUCUUGAGAGAAACUGGUAUUUUGCUAAAGGCUAGUUUUUGCCUGGCAUGGAAGGAAGGCUUCUUUCAAAAAAUGCUGACCAUCUGGAAGGGGAACUGUUCUAUUUAAUUCAGUAAAUCAGAGGCAAAGCCCCUACUUUCCCAGUGGGAAUCUGCUUUUCUGUAGCAUCUCUGAGCUCAGUUGCUCUGACUUGCACUUCUCACAGGUGUCAGUAAAUUCUCCAAUGUCUUAAACCCUGGAAGAAUGUUACAUUACAGCUCCUGAGGCACAGUGACACAGCUGACAUCCUUUUAAUUUCCUUCCCAAAGCAGGAGCCAGUGGGAGCAGCUGGCGGCAAUGCCCUGGGGCCUCUGUUGGGUGGACAGCGCUCCUGCUGCUCCUUGGAAAUUAAAAGAAGGAAAUCAGGGGAGUACAGUUGCUGUUUCUGCUGCCUGCUUGUCCUUUCUGACCUCUGCAGAUACGAAAUUGAAAUUUUAAUUACUUCCUCAGUACAGGUUAAAGCAUGAAAACAUUUCCAGUGCAUGGAAAAGGGGUAUUUUGGAAUCUCCUCUUUUGAAAGAGAACAACAAAGAAUUUCUGUGGCCUUGAUUUUUGAAAUUAAGACAAGGUAGUACAACCCCCCAUUCCUAACAUACGCAGACACACGCCAGUACACUUUGGUUUUGGCAAGAAAAGAUGGCAAGAUCAUCCCUUCCUCAACUAUAACAAGACACCAGACAUAGUUACUGUAAAGUGCUUUAUAUUAUAAAAAUUCUCCCCAUGGAUAAACUGUGUAGCAUUUAUUUGAUCCUAAAUUGGGUGGGAGGGGUGGAUUAGUUAUAUUUUGGUCUUUUCCCCCCUCCCUCCCAUUCAGCAACACCGAAAAAGCUUUUUGCAAAAAGACAGACUGUUGUUUGUACUGAGGAGUGGACCGAACCACCUCACAAGAUGUGAUUCCAGUGGUUUGUCUGAGCACUGCCACAGAUGCCAUGAGCGUUUCCAUUGCAUUGUACAUACUUUUGAAAUAUUCUAUUUACUCAUAUUUUAUAGGACUAUUAAAAAGCUACUGCCUAAUUAAUCACUUUUACACUUGUAUAAUUCAGAGCUUAGUUUAAAAUAAUAAAUAUGGCAAACAGUAUUUUUGUGUUCUGCUUGCAUUGGCGUUUGGAAAAGCAACAUUUAAAGAGUUAAACUAUAUCAGUAAAUUGAGUAGUGUGGUGUAUACCCCUGGUAGAACUGAAAAUGCUUAAAUGUGUGACAUAGGCCAAACUCUGUUUCAGUAGAAAUUAGAGGAAAAGCAGUUGGCAGGAUAUGCCAUAUUCCAUUUUAAGCUGCUGCAGUUUCAGAGUCAUGUGAACUUGCUCUGGUUUGCUGUGGAUUUGGCUCAAUGUACACAAGAAAAACUGUAGCACAGUCCCUGGUAAACAAAAGCAUGUUCCUGACCUGAUGUCGUUCUCACCAUGCUUUUAUAAUCAUGGGUUAUGCAGUGGGCACGAGUACUUGGACAAGGAACAUGGCAUUCAGCUGCCAGCCAGGCUGGGGAAAGUUCUAAUAACAUUUGUUGUUAUAAAAAUUCAAAUUAAUUGUUCGUUGUCUCUUGCAUCAGUUUGUACUGGAUCUUGCAAAGGACUGGAAACUGGGAGAUGAGUUUGCUGAUAACUGUCCUGUGAAAUUCUUAUAUUGGAUUUGGAAAAAAAAAAUUUUUUCUGUGUGCCUGGCAUAAAAGACUUAGUUUCUCAAAGGAUGAUUGUUCAUGAUUACAAAAAUUAGAUCUGCUCAAGAAAUCUUGCUGGAGAUGUAAACUAUGAGCUCUUUGAUUCCUUUGGAAAACACAGGCCUUAACCACUGUGUUUUAUUAGAAAAAGUAGUAAUAGUGAACUUCUUCUGGAGUACUUUAGAGGUGAAAUGUAGGAGGCCUGGUUUAUUCUUCACUUUGAGCACCAAACAAGCUUUCCCUACUACAGUGAGAUUCUCCAUCCAACCCAGCUGAAAUGCUGUGUUACAGACAUGCCAGUUGUGGCUCUUCCAUAGUACUUGGCACUGGAUGCAGCACUGGGAAAUGAGCUUCAGAGCUUUAGCUGUGAGUGGCAGAGAGCUGUGUGUCCCAGAGGAUCGCAGGCUGAUUAUGGUUACAGUGCUUUCAGAUGCUCUAAAGAACCUUUACUGAAUUUAUUAUUGGUCCUCCUUUAGUGGCAAACAUUUUACCCACUAAAAUUUUAGCUGCUUCAGGCUUUCUCUCACAUACCAGUAUGAAUUUAAGACCUUUGCAUUUCCUUGCUUCCUCUCUGCCUAAGAAAUGACAUUUAGUUCUGUUUUACCAAAAAUCAAAACCAGGUAUGGACUGAAGUCCCAGCUAGACCCUCAUUUAUACUCACCCUCACACAAAGCUCUUGAAUAAUUUGUUAUGCUAGCAAAAAAAAAAAAAAAAAAAAAAAAAAAUCCAAACGUGGCUUUUCCUGGUUUAACCCAUCUUCUAGAGGAGCACAGCAGCUUUCAGUAUUCCAGCCUCCUCUUUUUCUAACAUGAGCUGUGCUCUUUUUUUAAGUACAUGUAAACUGCAACAUUCAGGGGUAAAAUGACCAGGAAGGAAAUGUUGUAAAAGCUCUUUCCCACAGGUCUAUUUGAACUGUGGAGUAUAUUUGCUUUGGCUUGGAGGGGAGGGAAGCUGGCACUGUUAGAGGCAGAACAGCAGCAGCACUCCUGUAGGAUGGGCAGGAACCUUGAAUUCCUCCACUGCAGAGAUGCUCAGAAAACUUCAAAAAUCAAACCAGCUUGAAUUCUCUCUCCCCUUCUGUCAGUUUGUUCAGUCACUACACAGAGGUUCUAAGGCUGCAGCAAGAGUCAUCUUAAUACAUGAAUAUGUCCUGGUGCAGCAAAAGCCUAGAUGGGGGUUGUUUGUUAGUGAGAUUCUUACUGGAGUCAGGCUGGGAAAACUGUGAAGUGAGAGCAGUCUCAAAUGAAAAAUAAAGCUAUUCAGAACCUUAAGACAGACUUCAAGAUUCAGAUCCAUGUAACUGAGAGCUGUAUUAAGGGCCCAUUUGGGUCAGGGGUUUCCUCACAUCAGUAAGAGUAUCCAGCAAGAAGGAUUAAACUUCUCUAUUAUUCUCACCAGAAAAUCAGCCAAAUUAUUGUAACUGAUCGUUUAUCUAGUGCGAGGAAGUUGUGUCUACAUUAGUGUGUUCUCUUCACUGUUGGGUUAAUGAAGGUAAAUGUUUUGAAUCCAUUUUAGAGCAGAGUUCUUGUUCAGAAACUUCUGAAAGAAAUGCCAUCUGUAACGACUGACGGAUCCUUAAGUGUCAGUUUGGCAAGUUGUCCUAAUGUGGGUAGCUGCAGAAAUAUUUUGUGUAUGUUGUUGUAGAUUUAAAAGCAUUACUCAUGGUUUCAUUCAAGUGUCUGCACUUCUGACACAGAUGUGACAUAUCUGUAUAUAUUAUAAAUCAAUACUAUUUUUAACCACAUAUUUUGUACAAAUAUUCACAUUAGCUCUGUACUUCAAUGAAAAUCUACUAUGGUAUUAAACAUUUUGGUGGAAUUAGCAAA